AUGGUGAAGCGCAAGCGGAACUGGACCGACGAGGAGUCGGAAACCUUGCCGUCUGCACACAAUGCGUCCGACCCCAAGGAGCCUGCAGUGCUGGAUGUUUUGCCGGGGAUUACCCGAAAGAUCACUGCUUGCGGGGCAUGCAGGAAACAGAAGAUCAAAUGUGACAUGAGCAAUGGACCGCCUUGUACGCGGUGUCGUCGUCGCGACUUGUCUUGUGUUUUGAACAAGAGCCUCCAGUCAUUAGUUGAAGAAGUGAAGAAUACCGAAGUCUUGCAGAGCGACAUAUCGGGCAUACACGAGACCUUGGACAACAUAUGUCAACAUCUCAACCUUCCACGACCUAAAGCCCUCCUAUCUGCUGGCGAAGGCACAGAGCCCGACGACAAAGGUGGGAGAAAUGACGACCUAGACCGAGACAAUGAGGACUUAGAUGGCUGCGAGAUCUCCCCACCCGAUACCCCAUCUGCAGUCCAAGCUCCAAUCGAUACGUACCUAGACAUCGCCAAGUUAGGAAGUCCAGGGUCAUCCGAAAACACACCACCAAGUACAACAAGGCACAGACAGAAUUCAACACCACAAGAUCUCAUCAGCAAAGGAGUCAUCAGCAUUGUGGUAGCCGAGAAUUUGAUAGAGAGAUAUUUUGCCCGUCUAGACCCAUACCUAUAUGGCAUAUGCAGUGGAUAUCAAAGCCUGCAGCAGAUCCGAGCCACGUCUCCCGUCCUUCUUGCUGCAAUAUGCACUGUCUCAGCUCUACAGGACCCCGAGGGUCAGCGCACAUACGAAGCCUGCAAUCGCGAGUUCCGUCGGCUUGUGUCCAGAUCCCUUUUCGAGAAGCACGACCUAGAGCAUGUUCGGGCGCUAUGCAUUAGCUCUUUCUGGCUCUCAGAUGCAUCGAGGAUUUUGUCUAGCGAUGCUAUUCGACGAGCGGCAGACAUGCGUUUGCAUCGCAGCUUCGAACAUCUUUCAGUCCCAAUGGAUCCUCGCUUGAUUAUGGGAAGUCAAUUGGCGCCCCAACCUGUGCAUGACGCGAUUGCUCUGCAAGACCGUGUAAGGCUCUGGUACCUUACCUUCAUAUCUGAUCAACAUCUCUCGAUUCUCCAUAAUCGAGACCCACUACUGCGCAGUGACAAAGAGAUUGCGCUGAGCUGGGAGACUUUCCUUGCUCGCGAAGACACAACAGACUGUGAUGUUCGCAUUAUAUCACAAGUCGCCCUUCUGGUCAUCAUGAGUCAAGUGCGAGAUCUUCUUGGAUCCGACCAAGGAACCCGCGUCCCGCAGUCUUUAUCAAACCAGAUCAUUCACUAUUCUCGGCAGUUGGAUCGUUGGUUCACCAAGUUUUCUGCUCUAUUCAAGCCCGAUCCAUAUAUCGGUGACUUCCCCAAGCGCGGCUUACAACUGCACUAUCAUUUUGGGAAACUAUAUCUCGGUCACCAAGUGUUCAAAGGCUUGAACGGCGAGAUGAUACCGCCUCACUUCCUGACUGCAGCCGGUAUGGCUCACGAGGCUGCUGUGGCAAUCUUCGAGAUGAUCUUACAUGAAGAUUUGCAGAAGAGUCUCAUUGGCAUGCCGCACUACUUCCACAUCAUGAUCGCUUUCGCAGGUCACUUUUUGCUAGAAGUGACACAGAAUUACCACACGCAGUUAUCAAUCGCCCCAAACCAGAACUUUGAGUUGAUCCAGAAGGUACUGGAAUUAUUCCAGGACAUUCCCGCUGUCCAGCAGCAUCCCAUUUGCAGAAUGACACCCGGGCUGACUCGGAAACUGCGCGAAUGUGUGGGUACUUUGCAAGGGGAUGGUAGACAUGCAUUCCAGCCGCUGGGGCAGAACAGACCUAUGGAUUAUCCCGCCAAUUCUCUGCAGCUGCAACCAGCUUCGGGUGGCUUUUCCUUCUCGGAAGAGUCGCUCGUUACCUCUGCGGAUGACUUUUUGCUCGCCGACUUUGGAGAAUUCACCUUUCCGGGAAUGAUGUCAAACGGAAUGGCUUGA